AUGGACAGGCCAGCUGGGCCCCGCCAGCCAGACAAGCGAAAUGAAGCAUACGAGUCCAUCUUUGGCCGGCCAUCCGCUUCUCACCAUCAGGCAGGACAAUAUCCUGGCCAGCCUGUUGCGCAGCAGCUGCAAUAUGCACAGUCAGUACACGGCAUGCCUGUGCAUGGUGUCCAAUACCACAACCAACCAUACCCCGCACACUACCACCACGACAGGAGGACAUCAUACUCCCAACGUCAAAAUUACUAUCCAAAUCACUUACCGCAACACCCUCAGCAGCACCUGCAGUCACCAUACAGGCAGUCAUAUCCACAUACAGCUGCAUCUCAGCAACAACUGCCACCUGCACACCACCAUGCACAGCACACCCGUCCACACACUCUGGCGCCUCCCAUGAUCCAUGGUCGUGCUAGAUCUGUCGUCAGUUCACCCCAUGCUGCUGGUAUAAUCUCACCGCUACCAGACGAUCCGCCCGAUGAAUCCCUCGAGGCUCUUACGAGAGCAGGCCUCACCCCUGCACAGGCUUAUCAGGCCCAAGUUUACCGUAAUAGUCCUACCAAUCAACAGCAGCCCAACGAGCAGGCCAAUUCCACAAGGGAACCCUCUUUGAACGGCAACCAUCAUCGUGUCUCUAACGACGUGCCCCUUUUGGGCGUCAAUCUUAACCUUGAGGAUACUCGCUUCAAUAUCGAUUUUGGCACUGACGAUCACCGAGGCCCAGAAGAGUCCACAAGCGAAUUGCCAUGGACCAUUCCGAACACAGGUGCAAAUGCAAGAGAAUGUACACGUGGGUUCCACUCUCCCAUAUCUGGUCCCAUUGCACAAUGA